AUGGUGUUUCCCGUUGCUGGAGAAGCUCUCUUGUUAAACUUGUCAGUUGGAGAGAAUUCCAUGGGAUCAUUAUUGGAUCAGAUGGAGAUGCAAAACGGGAAAGAGCAAUCUAUCUAUUAUUUGAGUAAGAAGUUCCUAGAGUAUGAAACACGUUAUACACCCCUAGAGACCUACACUACAUUAGUUUGGGCAACGAGAAGGUUACAGCAAUAUAUGGUGGCAUAUUCGGUUCAGCUAAUCUCAAGGAUGGACCCAAUCAAAUAUCUCUUUGGUAAGCCAGCAUUGACAAGCAGACAACUCGAUGGCUAUUGUUGUUAUCCAAAUGACAUCACUUACGUUACUCAAAAGUCCAUCAAGGGACAAGCAGUAUCAGAUCACUUGGCUGCUCACCCUACAGAAGAUGAAAGAAUAUUAGAUGACGCUUUUCCGUAUGAAGAAAUAGCCACGGCCAAAGAAGAAACCACGAAUGAAUGGUAA